CAAAUGCUUUCUUCCUUCUUCACUUCUUCAACCCAACCAAAAAAAAUCAGAUUCUCAAAAUCUCAAAACCUUUCUCCAAAAAGCUUAAAAAAAGCACUUAAUCAUGAACAACGAAGUUAAGUUCUGGAACAACGCAGCUUUCGAUGGUGACGAUUUCACGAUGAAGACUUCUUGGUCUUCUUCCUCUGAUUGCACCAAAGAGAAUAUAAGCCCUACCGCACUCAACAUCAAUAUCUCUACUUCGAAAAAGAAUCGAAAGAAAGCCAUAGACGAUGAAAUCGCUGAAGUUGAAUUUGAAAUUAAGCGCUUAACGUCGAAGCUUGAAUCACUUCGUCUUGAAAAAGUCGCGUCUGAAAAGCGCGUUAGUGGAAUUGGUACUGGAAGGGUUAUAGCUGCGAAAUUCAUGGAACCGAAGAAAAAUGGUGUCGUUUUCAAAGAUGAUACUGUGAAACGAAAUGUCGUUUUCAAAGAGGGGACGCCGAAGAGAAACGGUGUAGUUUUUGAUACACCGAAGCGAAACGGUGGCGUUUUGAAAGAGGAUACUCCGAGGCCGAGGAUGAAUUGGAGGAGAGGGAUGAGUUUAGGUCCGGGGGAGAUUGCUGGUAAAUCAAUAGCGCCGGCGGUUACUCCGGCGACGGUGAAUCGGAGGAAAUCUUGUUAUGGGAAACCGCAAGAAAUUUUGGAGGAAUCGAGAAGGAAGACAAUAUGUAAACUGAAUUCUGUUGCUGUUGGAUCGGUUAAGCGUGAGGUGAAGAAGAAAGAGGAAGAGAUUGUUCAACCGAGGAAGUUGUUUGAAGGGGAAAAAUCGGUGAAGAAAGUGGUGAAACAAGGUAGGGUUGUUGCUAGUAGGUAUAAUUCUGGUGGUGUUGGUGAUGCGAAGAAAAGAUCGUUUUCUGAGAAUAAUAAGGGUUUUGGGAGUGAGAUUAGGGUUAAGAAAAGGUGGGAGAUUCCGAUUGAGGAAGUGGAUGUGAGUGGUUUUGCUAUGUUACCGAAGAUUUCGACGUUGAGGUGUAUUGAUGAGAGUCCUAGAGAUUCUGGUGCUGCUAAAAGAGUUGCUGCAUUGAAUGGGAAAAAGUCUUAUUUCUGUGAUGAUGGAGGAGAUAGUGUAAUGGGAGUGGAGGAAGAAGGUAACGUUUGUCAGGUUUUGAAGUUUGCUGAAGGUGAUAAUGAUGAUGAUGAUGAUGAUGAUGGUGAUGAUGGUAAACAAGGGUAGGGUGAUUUUGGAAUUUACUAUGUUGUGUUUGGUUGUGUGGAACUGACUAUGUUCUGCUUGUUCAUUUGUUGUUGGGUGUGUGAAAAUUUGAAAAUUUUAGGCUGUUUUAGAUUUUGAUUGGUUGUUAUGAUUUGAAAUAAUAACAAGAUAGACAAACAUGUCUAUUGCUUUAUGAUUUUGUACAUUGUUUUGUUUUUUCAAUAACUAUAAAAUGUGCAUUGACAGUGUUUCAUUUUAGUA